AUGUUUCAAAAAAUUGGCAUGUUCUUGAUUUUUUGGAAUUGCAGCACACUGGCUGCGGACAUCCUAAUGGCUACACAAGGAGGAACAAAGUCUCACAAGAUACCAUUCUGGGAACUGGCGAAGGGCCUCAUUUCCAGAGGCCACAAUAUUACCUUCAUAAGUGGAUUUCCUGCUGAUUUUAAUAUUGAAGGUCUGGAGGAGGUAGCACCAGCUGGACUUGUUGAAUAUAUUCACAACUAUACCAAUUGGGAUCUAUUAGGUGCACGAAUGGCUGGAGAAAUGCCUAUUAAGCCGUGGGACGGAUUGCGAUACGCGUUUGAAUCGUGCGACGCGAUGCUUGGCGAUGAAGAGACCAAGGAGCUGGGAAGCCGAAGCUUUAAUUUGGCCAUAUUAGACGGAGCAUUCCCAGAGUGCUUUCUGGGAUUAAUGCACCAGUACAAGAUCCCAUUUAUGUACAUAAACACGGUGGGCUUCUACACAGGCAGUAUCUCAACUGCAGGUAACCCCGGUAGCUACGCAAUAACCCCGAACUUUUAUUCUCGAUUUACGGAUACAAUGAGUCUCUACGAAAGGGGAAUAAACACGGCCAUGCAGAUUGGUCAAGAGCUGAUGCACAUGUAUGUUAUGCGUCGAACACAUCUUGUGCUGCGAAAACAUUUUGGGGCCCACAUACCGCAUCCUUACGAGUUGUCGCGCAAUGUGAGCUUCAUUUUGCAGAACGGACACGCAGUCUUGUCUUAUCCUAGAGCCUUUAAUCCGAAUGUAGCAGAGGUGGCUUGUAUUCACUGUAAACCAGCCAGAAAACUGCCCAGGAACCUUGAGGACUUCAUAGGUACUUCUGGUGUCUCGGGAUUCAUAUAUGUUUCUAUGGGCUCUUCUGUAAAAGCUGCAAAUAUGCCAGAGGCGCUACGUCGCAUGCUUGUGAAAACCUUUGCACGCCUGCCAUACCAUGUUUUGUGGAAGUAUGAAGGUAGUUCCGAAGACAUAAAGGAACUUACUGCAAAUGUAAAGCUUUCAAGAUGGCUACCGCAACAGGACAUCUUAGGCCAUCCCAUGCUACGUGCCUUUGUAACCCACGGGGGCUUGCUAAGCAUGUUUGAGACGGUAUUUCAUGGAGUGCCCGUCGUGACAAUGCCGGUAUUCUGCGAUCACGAUGUUAACUCAGCUAAGGCUGUGGUUGAUGGUUAUGCCGUAAAGCUAGAUCUUCGGACGCUGUCGGCCAAUCAGCUUCAUAAGGCUAUUAUGAAAGUGAUUCACGAUCCUCGGUACAGAAAUGCAGCGCAAUAUCGUCAGAAACUCUUGCUGGAUCAGCGCUCAACAGCUCUGGACACAGCUGUAUACUGGACGGAGUAUGUGCUGCGUCACAAUGGUGCUUAUCAUCUUCAGUCGCCUUCACGCAAUAUGACUUGGUGGCAGUAUUAUUUACUCGAUGUACUUGCGGUUUUUUUAUUUUUAUUUUACAGUAUGAUUUUAUUACUAAAGCGCAUGGAUUUUCGGUCUGAAAAGUUACAGAGCCUUCAUUUGCUGAGACCUGACUUGCAUUCAAACGCCAAAACAAAGUCAAAGAAGCUGUAACCAGAUCGCAGGAUAUUGGUUUUCCGUUUGAUGUUUAAAGUCCAAGAGGAAGUGUUUAUGAUUUUUUAAAUUCCAAAUAAGGGUCUGCAAGAAAGUCUUUACUUCUGUUCCAAAUAUUGUUUGUAUUAUUUUGUGAAUACAUGUCUAUAAUAAUAAUUGUAAAAAAGAAA